CAUCCUCAAAACUCCAUUCGAUUUCUUUUUUCUUCAACUAUAUUUUCCUUUCUCUCAACCCAUAAACCCGACGAUUGAGACUUCUCCCAAAGGUUUCCGUUGUGGCGUCGCUUGGUCUAGGCCAAGCGUCGUCGCAAAAUUAAAAAGAUGGACAAUCCAACAGCCAUUGUGCCUUACCAUGACCCUUUUGAUGAUUCUUGUUCUAUUGACCAAAUUUCACUUUUUGAUGAAAAUCCAACCAUUGGCCUCCCAAAAUCAUCAUGGAAUCAAGAACCUUUUUCAUUUGAUCCAACAAUUUUGAAGUCUGAUAAUGAUUUUGGCGUUUAUGAUCCAUUCGAUGAUCCAAUUUUUCUAGACAUUCCAUAUGAAUGUAAGAAUAAUUUGGUUGAAAAUAGUACUAAUACUGAGGCAGGAGUUUUCGCGACUAAUUAUUGUAGCAUUUCGCAAGAUAGGGUGUUUGAAAAUAAAAGUCAUGUCUCAGUUUGGCCAGUGUCAUCAUCUACAUCUAUGUGUACUAAUAAUUGCCAAAUACUAAGAGAAAUAACGCAUUCUAAUGGCUUGCAGAUAUCUAAGCUUGAUAUUUUUGGAACACUAGGAAGGAUCAGUCAUGCAGUUCUUGAGAAAUACACUAGGGAUUUUUCUUCUCAAAGCCACGAGUCGUCCCAAAUAUUUGAUUUUAGCAAGGAUAGUACAAGCAGUGUGAAGCAAUUUUUAGUUCAAUAUUUUGAGGCUUGUAAGCUUGAAGGUUAUAUUUUGCUACAAGAUCCACUCUGCGAUUUCUAUGAAGCAUUAGGUGUUGGAUCUGAUGAUGGUGAUAGUCUUGACAUCGAUAGUCUACUUCAGUUAUCUCCAACAACUUCGCGUCAGUAA